CAUCGUUAUCCGCAAUCUUUUGUUGUUGUUGUAGUUGUUUGGCUCUGCAGAGUUGAAGACAUUCACUCUCCCAUAAGUGGUACGCAAAACUGUGCAUCAUCUGAGUUGUCUUGUGGGUGCAAGCUAGACCCGUUGCCACUGAAAAGGACACCGUUGGCACCGGGACCUGGCCUGUACAGUACUGUACCUCCGCGGCGGAAGACAGAUUGCCUUAUCAAAGUGCUUCUCAAACCAAUUUAUCUGGCAGCGUGCUCGAUGUGAAACCGCGCCACAACUCAUGACUAUGUGCCUGUGAAUCUAUCGAUCUCUGAACAGGGCCAAAAUUCCAGCAUAAAAGAUGGCCUCCACCACCGACAUUCCAAGCGCAUCAUCGGACUCGCCCGAGAGCUUCACCUUGCAUGUCUUGUGUCCAUCAUUACCUCCUCCCAAUCGGUACACCAUCCAAGAUGUGUCCCCAUCUACGACUGUUGCGAAUCUGAAGGCUCGACUCGCAGGAUCAAUUCCGAGCCAGCCGUCUCCGGACAGCCAACGUUUGAUCUAUCGUGGAAAGCCACUUCUGAAUGAUGCGGCAGCGAUGAGAGAUGUACUGGAGCCGCCUAAUGCCACCGAAUACUCCAUCCAUCUUGUUCUUCCUCCAUCUCCUGAAUCUUCGGCACCACGCAACCUCAGCUCUCCUGGUCCGCAACAACCACAAUUCAUUCCGGAUUCAGCUAUUCAUCUUCCAUCGAUGACCCUGCGACCUGAACCAUCCACAUCCAGAGCUGAGCCAGAGCGCACAGGCGCGUCUGAAGCCGAGAUUGGACUGGUCUUGCGACGUAACAUUGAGAUAAUUCGCCGGCAGAUCGAGAUGCGGGACCGAGGCAACCCAUCAGGAGGCACAACCGCCUUCUCGUCCAGCUUGAACCAAGCUCUUUCGGCCGCCCAGCAGCAGCGAUCAAUGUGGCCAGAUCGAUCGUCCUCAGUGUCUUCAACACGUCCAGAAAUGCCACAGACAUCCUCAUCCGAGACAGUGGCAGCCACUGGUGUUUCAAACACAGCGUCCCUCCCUAGCGCCCUAAUAAUGGAAGAGUGCUUGCAGAUAUUGAGGCGUCAGGUGGAAUUGGCAGAGAGCCAGCUGAAUCACGGCAUUGCGCCUCCGAUGGAGCACAUUAUCAGAAUCCGAACACAUUUACUCACCAUCCUGGAUGAACAGUGUAUGAACCCUCUUGCUGAACGCGACGGCUCAAUCGAAGGGCUGCUGUCCCGCGUCUUCAACAUAUACACGCGCGCCCAUCAGCUCCGCCUGUCUGAAGCCAGGUUUCCACGAUUGCAAAACGCAUCAGCCAGUGCUGCGACCGCUACGUCCGCACCUGGACCAGCUUCUUUGUAUCUCCUAUCAUCCCCAUCCGGAUACCAGGGGCUCCUUUCCUCGCCCCAAGGGGCAGAGGCUAUGCAAGCCACCAUCGACAGGCUUCGCGCAACUCACCCUCCAAAUCGCACAACAAACCAAGAUACUGCUCCGGUGCCUGAGGUCCGCCCCAACGCGAAUGCAGCCGUCCUGGAGAAUGUCGUUCGCCGGGCCGUGCUCAACCAGCGGGGACUCGACAACAACCCCAACCAGAACGGACAACUGGGCUUUGCGCGAAUCAUGCGGCGGCUCUGGCAGUUCGUCCGGCUAUAUUUUUUCUGCUACAUGUUCACCGAACCCGGGACUUGGGCGCGCGUGUUCUUUGUGACGCUGGCGGUGCUCUUCGUGCUAUCCUCGGAGACCGGGGUGGAUCAGCGACUGUACCAGUUGUUUGUGGCUCCGGUGCAGCAACACCUCGAAGGUCUGGUGCAUCUGACCCCUAAUGAGCCGGCCCAGGCCCAAGGCCAGGGUGGUCAGGGUGCCGUUGGUGGUGGUGGUGGUGGUGGUGGUGGUGGCCCAACGAACGGCAAUCCCCGCACAGGGGUUGCAGGUGAGGUGCGUCAUCAGCUGCGGAGGGUGGAGCGAUCUGUGGCCUUGUUCAUUGCGAGCCUGGUGCCCGGAGUAGGCGAGCGCCAGGUCGCGGUGCGCAAUGCUGCGGAAGCUGCGCAGCGCGCACGGGAGGAGGAAGAGCGCCGUCAACGUGAGGAAGCACAGCAGCAGCAGCAGCAGCAGGAAGAGCAGGAAGAGCAGGAGAACAACGCGGAUGCAGCGCAGAGUGAAGGUCACACUAUGAUACCCCAGGCAGCCGAGAACUGAUGUAGCAAGUCAUCAGCCAUAUUGCCACAGACUUCACCCCUUUUCUUUGCUUACUGUACGUUAUCCUCGUUUGGCUUACAUGCGACAUAUUUUCCAUUGACCUCGCCACGCGUUUAAGCCUUUAGCCUCAGAAUUGAAUAUACUCAUUGAUAUGGGA